GGACAAGGUUAUUGAGAUAUUCAAAUAUGUGAAAUUAACACGUUUACUAGUUGAUUCCACCGUUACUGUAAUCGUUGAUGCUCGCUUUAUAGCACAGCUGUAGAUUUGCUAUUUAGUUAUUAAUUAAAUGCACGAAUUACGUAUAAGAAGAAAAAAUUGAUACUUGCGCAACAAUCGUACUUUGGUGAAUAAUUUAAAAAAGGAAACAUUCAUAAUAUAUAGUUAAAUAUUAUUCAUAAACUUAUAUUCAUAGACACGUCCCAUGAGAGAAGCUGACACAGACAUUAAAAAGAGAGAACAAUAGCGUAAGUCACUGUGUCUCUUUCCAACACGUCAGUUUAUAUCUAUGAUAGCGGCUCGUAAAACGUGUGUAAACGUAAAAUACAGUUAAACAUAAAGUUAAAACGUAAAAUUUUUUUUUAAAUGGUUAAGUUUUGCUGUAUAUGUGAACUACAAUCAGGAAUGAUUGAGUAUAUUUCUUUUCACAGAAUUCCCGAAAAAGAAGAAAUAAAGGCAAGAUGGUUCACAAAUAUAGGCCGCGAAGUCGGUAAAUGCAGUACAGUUUGCACUAUUCCAUCUUUGUCACUUAUUCAGUCUGACAGUAAAAAUGAUGUAAAAAUUGAAAUUGAAUGCGACAACUCGUUACAGAGUGUCUCUGAAACAAAGAAUUGCAAUGACUUUGCAAGUGCAAAAAAUCUGACAGAUAUAGCUAACAGAUUUGAUGAAAACAUUGAAUGUAGUGGAAUUAGUAAUGCAGAAAAUACAAAAAAUAAUGAAGUAACCGAAACAUCAACAUUAAAAAGUUUUCAAAAUGUGAAAAUUGAAAUUGAAUGCGACAACUCGUUACAGAGUGUCUCUGAAACGAAGAAUUGUAAUAACUUUGCAAGUGAAAAAAAUCGGACAGAUACAGCUAACAGAUUUGAUGAAAACAUUGAAAUCGUUGUAUCAUCAAAUGACUCAGAAUGUAGUGGAAUUAGUAAUGCAGAAAAUACAAAAAAUAAUGAAGUAACCGAAACAUCAACAUUAAAAAGGACCGCAGACGAGCCUGUUAAGGGCGCAAAGUCUUUUUGUAAUCCACAAUAUGUAAGAGAUUUACAAAGAGAAAAUUUUACUUCUGAUAAAAGCUGGAAAGUUGUCAACAAAUUUGUGCAUAAGUCAAGAAAACAAAAAAAAAUUUUAUAUCUAAAAGUUAAUCGCCUACGUAAGAAAAUAGAAAUUUUGCAAGCAAUUAUUGGCAAGCAAUUAUUGGCAAGCAAUUAUUAGAUCACUCGAAAUAAAAUGGACUACACGGAGAAAAUUUUAUAUCCAAAAUUACUAUGUACAGUAGUAGCUGCGGACCGUGAAGGAAUU